GGAUUUCCUCUGAUUGCCGUCACCGGAGCUUCACUUCAGCAUCGCUACAAUGGAUGCGGCACGGUUAAGAGCUCGGCUGGUUCUGCAUGGGAUCCGCCAACAACAGCAGCAGAUAACAAAGAUGUUUCCCAUGUCGCUCACAAAGAAAAAGGAGGAUGAAAAGGAAAAGAAGUUCUUGGGACGACUCUCGUACAAAUUGGAUUACGACUUUGACAAGAAUGCGUUAACAGUCGUCAUAUUGCAAGCUGAAGAGUUGCCAGCUAUGGACCUUGGUGGUACCUCUGAUCCCUAUGUGAAAGUAUUUCUUCUUCCGGAUAAAAAGAAGAAGUUUCAAACAAAAGUUCAACGAAAGUCCCUAAACCCCGUAUUCAAUGAGAGUUUCACAUUCAAGAUACCUUAUAAUGAGAUAGGAGGCCAAACGCUGGUUUUAAACGUUUUUGACUUUGAUCGAUUCGGAAAACAUGACCAGAUUGGUCAAAUCUCGAUUCCGCUCGGAAAGAUUGACCUUGCAGCUACGAUAGAGAAGACUGUAAACAUUGAAAGCCCACCGGAGAAUCGAUUGGGUGAAGUGUGUUUGGCACUGCGCUACGUCCCCAACAAAAAUAAACUCUCGGUUGUUGUAAUGGAAUGCAAAAAUUUGAAGAAAAUGGACGUUUUAGGAUUAUCAGAUCCGUACGUCAAAAUCUACCUAAUGUUGCAAAAUAAGCGCUUAGAGAAGAAGAAAACGACAAUCAAAAUGAAGACCUUGAAUCCAUAUUACAAUGAAUCCUUCAGCUUCGACGUAACGCCAGAGAAAAUGCAGAGGGUACACUUGCAUGUUACGGUAUCUGAUUACGAUCGAGUCGGCUCAAAUGAACGAAUAGGACAGGUGAUCAUUGGCUCGAUGGCUUCUGGUGCAGCGCUGAAGCAGUGGACGGACAUGCUGGCGACGCCGCGACGGUCAGUGGCGCAGUGGCACACGCUGAUGCCGUUCAACGACGACUGAGCCGCGGGUGAGCGGCCGUCGCUAUGCCUUCGCCUUGCCAAGCAACGUCUUCAUCUGCCGCGUUCACUGUUUGUUGUCUUUUGCCUGCGAUUUGGCCGUGUGCCAGGCAUAAUGAUGUUCCCUGUCUUCCCUGAUCCACUAUCUCACGCGGAUUGCGCUCUGUCGGCGGGCAGCCUGAACAUAUACUCUUACUUCUGGGUCCAUUUCCGUGAGUGUCCUCCCUCGCGGAACUACACUGUGCUCUUUUGUGAUCGACCUGUAUCUGUUGUACAUCUGCUACCACAUACUCUUUCCUUUGCAUUGUGUUCUUCUCUCUUAUUUUUGCUGCAUUUGUGAUUAUUCUCGUUUACUGGGAGAAAAAGAGAAUUUGUGAGAAUCGGAGAAAAUGGAUGCACAAACUUUUCAAGUUUGGGUAUCCAUUUUUGAGAACCAUAUGCCCAAAGUUUGAAACAGAUUUUAUACGGUAUGAUUUCGUGCUUGAAGCUGUUUGAUUAUAC